AUGGGGAGAGAGAAGAGAAACCUGCCUGGCGCUGCCACGGCAAAGGACCGCCACAAACGUGCUGCCAAGGUCAGCAAAGCGAUAGAUCGCAGCGAACCCCUGCCGCCAGGACUCGUUGCCGCAAAGCCCAUGAACACGGUUACGAAAUCGAAACACCAGUCGUAUUUCGAGUUCAUUGAGAACAAAGACAAAAAGAAACCCUUGCUAUUCGAGAUUACGCCAAACCGAACGCCGCCACCAGGAAUGAAAUAUAUUCCAAUAGGAAAUCCUGAACUGACGGAGAGGUGCAAAGAGAUUUCAAGAGAACUAGGCGCAUCUGUCUACAUUGUGACGUUUGCGAAGAAGGACGCCUCCGAGUUGUCCCAACAAAUACAUCGGGUUGGCCACCACAUCCGCGAAUACAUCGUAGAACAGGCGAUGCAUGAACUAGGACAGGAUACCUUUUACGAACCUACGACCACAGGACCGAACGAAGUCGAGGAAAUUCCCCGCUCGCAGACAGAAAUUAAUAGACAGGCAGACGCUGCUUUGCGAGAGCUCUUUCCUCGUAUUCCAAAUACGGAUAGACAACAGAUCAUCGAUCAUGCUUUUAAGAAGGGGAAACAGUUCAAUGGCGAGCUGGUUGUGGGAUUGCAGCAGGAGUUGUCCCUAUCUCGCCGUGUACAACUUGCCGUCCUUGCCCAUAUUCGACACAACCACACGAGAUACGAUGAGCUCCUUAGAGAGACGUCCUGGCACAAUGCCAGAAGAGCAACAGAGCAGCUUUGCCUAGACAUCCUCGUCAAGUGGCGAGGCGAUGACGAAAAUGGUCGGAACCAGCUUGACGAAAUUCUUCGUGAGGUCGUUGUUCUUUCCGAUGAUUCUGACGAUGAAGAUUCGGGCGAGGAACCUGAUUCUGACUCAUCGGCUGUGCUCACUGACAGGUCUACCAAUGCAGCCAGAGUGCAGGCGCCAGCCGUACGUCAAGACCGGACUGACGGUAGUCGUUUCUCGACAGCGGUGCCGUCCCGCCCUGGAUCCCCGAAGCCGCUUGCAACUCCUGGAAACCAGAAGAAGGUUAGCAAGAAGCAGCGGAAACGUGCCAAGCACCGUGAGCGCAACUUCAGCCGAUAUGAGGCUGCCCGCAACGCUGCAUGGGACAGUGCCAUGAAGCGCCAGCAUCAGGUACCCAAUCAGCCAGGUGCGGCAGGUGAUUCCGUCAGUCACGGAACAUACCCACAAAGCCAGCCCGUCGUGUUUAUGGAGGGUAGAGCCCCCGUGACUGACCUUGGCCCUUCACAUCCACAGAGGCCUGCCCCUGGGCCAUUCGUUAGCAACAACCUCCAUGAGGCCAGGACGCGCGGGGAUCGUUCCUUUGCUGCGCCGCCAUUGCGUUCUCAUAAUUUUUCUUCUGGUUCUACAAUGCAAAAGGUAAUUGAAUCUAGCAGUGCUCCGCGCCCUAGCACCAUGGUUCCAAAGGGACGCCCAAGUCACCAUUUGCAGGACUUCUUGCACCCCUCCAUUGAAUCUAAGUCCCCUGAAGCUGGUCGGCCCCCAUCGCGCUAUCGUCGCCCACUGGUGGAGUAUUCGGACCUCGCAGAUGACGAGCCUUGUUCUCAAGUGCAGUCACAACCUCGUGGCCCAAUUGCACGAGAGGAAGACCGGUAUUUGCCCCGUCAGAUAAGCCAAGGCUAUUCAAAUCACACCCGUUCUUUUCCUAUUGGUCAUGAACUGUCGAGAGCACCUGCCGCUUCAUACUACAAUGCUCCACAGGACACAAUUCGGCAGCCAGCUUACCAGGUUCCACCUCAGAGUGAUCCUUUGUUGCGCAGAAACGAGGCCCAUUUGGGGGCGAGAGGCAACCCCAUUAUGAUUGAGGAGCAGCGUGUUCACCCCCAAGCUGUUGUUCUCGGUUCUGGAGAGAUUGUUAGGGAUAGGUUUGGUCCCGACGUGGAGAUCCUUCCUGUUCGUCGUCCUGCCCGUGACGUUGGCCCAACUCCAGAACGUCAGCCCUUCGCCCUCGAUGAGGGGUUCAUCCGCUUGAGAGAGGAUCGCCCCCCAGAACCGCGAGACGGUCUGCGAGAAGAGGGUUUCCUUAGAAUUAGAGAGCAUCCUGACAGCAUACCUCGGCGUUCAAUUCCUGUGGCAAUUGAGAGGACGUCAUAUGAUGACUUCCGGUCCACCUUAGACCCGUUCCGGUACCAGCCGGCCCCGGGAUCUGAACAAGCCAUCUACGUGAGGCGUGCCGAACCGGAGCCUUUGUCUGAUUUUACAUAUCCAGCACCUGGCGCCCGCCGUGCGGAGAGAGUGAUGGGCGAAAGGCUUAUUCAACGCGAUGUCCCGCCGCCUGUGUAUGGCGGAGCGCCCCACGAGCCCUAUCCAUCCCAUCAACCGCAGGGAGCAUAUGGUGUCCCCGUAUAUCGACAUGCCAGACCGGCAGUACGGGUUGAAGAACCCCAGAGGCUCGACAGAUACCCACCACCUCCGCCCAGCCAGCCACGCUGGCCGCGUGCAAGCGACGACAUUAUUGUCCUUGAAUGA